AUCAUGUAUCUAUAAUUAACUGUAGCUUUAGAAGAGUAGGUGUGGAGGAACCUGUUUGUCCCUCUCGCCAUACAGUGUUGACUGGAGAGCAAAAGUUCAAAGACCUGUCGGGUUCUGAACACGGCGGGAGGUUAUGUUUAAGUGUUUGGUUCUCACAGAGGGCUGAACAUGAGAGAGGUCCUAGAUGCUGACUUUCAAGUGCGUGCUUCUUCUGCGGCACUCUUAUACAAACAAUAAUAUUGAAAAACAAAGGAUGCUUUCAAUCAGUGUGUGAAACAUAAACUUUAAAGAAUUCCGUUCUUUUGCAACAGUGUCGGACAACUCAGAAGCUGCAAAGUGUUUCUUACAGAUGAUGUGCUCUAAUCUCAACUAAGAUCAUUCAAGUUAGUCUGUCCAAGAAGAUAAAGCUAAGUGACAGGAUCAACGGACUCACUAUUGGCGACAAGACAAGUUUUUUCUCAGGCAUAGCAUCCAUCACUAGGUCCUUUCUCUUGACACACUGAGUUUUAGAAUAUCACCAGCACACCAGCCAGUUACUCUCUGAACUUCACCCGACGAGGUGUAAGCACAUAACAUCAAGCAGUCUCAACACCACCACUGUGAAAGCUCUCGUUGCUGCUCUCGUUUUGCUAAGAACCAUGGGAUUUUCUUUUAUUCUAAUUGUGUCGGUUAUUUUUCACAGUGGACUUGCUCAACUGCAACUUGUCCCCAGUGAUCUACUUUUAAAUGACCAGCGACCUACUCUACCUGUUCAAAUUUCCUGUGGAGUGCCGAAGGGUAUAGAUACUGCGACGCAAGUUAAUAUUCGAAUAGCUCGAUACUUGUUCUCUCAGCCAACUGUCGAGAAGUUUCUGGCGUCCAUACAGUUGGGUCUGACUGGUGACCAGACACAUCACACACCAGCGAUGUCAGGGAUGCUGCAGGUGUUUCUGCCUCAAGCUUCUUGUCACGAUGCUGGUCUCUACCAUUGUGUCAUUGUGGCCUACAACAACAUCACAGCUCCAGUAACCACACAGUUUGACCAGAAUUUGACAGUCCAAGCCGGGUAUUUGUCACCAGAUGGCGGUUCCACGGUUGACUGUGACUUCGUUAUAAAUUCUGACUCAUCAUGGUAUGAUUUCACUCAACCCAUUAAGACCAUCACAAAUGGAAGUCUUCAGAUGCAGAUUGUUCCAGACAAUGUGUUUUGGGCCGAAGGCCUUGCACCCGUGUCUGCUGAAGUAUCGUGUGAACUCACGGGUGGUGUACCCGCCUCCUUACAAAGCUCUGUGGCAAUCAGACGCUUACCGUCGCCACCUACACUAGGGUGGGACCUGUCGUCUGCUCACAUUGUGAGGGCUAACGACUUCCCUGAUGAUGCUAGAAUAACAGGUCGUAUUGUUGUGACUCUACUACAAGCUGACUGCACAGAUGCUGGGUCAUACCGGUGUGUCACCGAGGGCAUGGAAACAGAUUAUAACUUGACAGUCACAAGUUUCCCAGGAAAUGUAACAGCUACUUCUGACCCAAGAUCAGAAAGCUACCUCGUCGACUCUACUGUGAUACUUUCUUGUGAUGGUGGAGUCGGCUCAUACGAGGCAGGAGAAAAUAAAACCUGGCAGUGGUUUUGGGAAUAUCGAGAUUACCUGAGUAACACCUGGAUAGAGUACAAAAAUGACAGCGACAUCACUGACGUGUGGCCUCCGUAUAGUGUGUCGGGUACCUGCUACACCCGGCAGGUCAGCAGACUGACACGCGUCCUGACCGUUGAAGACUCACAAAGAUCAUACAGGUGCAUAGUGCGAAGGAAAUCACACGCAGCUGAAGCUACCCUCACCGUUGGAAUAGUUCAUUUACCGGGUGAGAAUGCGACAAGCUUUAAAACCACUUCUGAAGGAAAUGCAGCCCAUCAUGCAACAGCUGAAUGGAUCGUUCUAUAUUUUAUUACCACCAUAUUGUUAGCAUUGUACAAACCCUGAUGUGAACUAAUUGUACUUUAUAUGAGUGACGAUUAUCAUGUGUAGCCUGAAAUCAAGGAAAAUGGAAUCAACAAACUAAUAAAGAAGAGUUGUAGCAUACUUGUCUGUUUUCGUUUGUCAAAGGGCAGGCUGCCUGUGACAUUAUAGUACCAGUUCCUGGGUGUAUCUUAGACAUGGACUUCGUUUAAUGCUGAUAAAGAUAAAGACAUUUCUGUGAUAAAAUUCUGUAACUGCAACAGCCUUCAUGUGCUGCAAGUUACAGUAUCUUAACAUGCAGUCUCUAUCUUGUCUUCUUGUCCAUCAAUUAUUGCCUUAACAUAUAUAUUAUUAUUAUUAUUAUUUCUAUUACCAACGUGCUUUUUAACAUCACAUGAAGGGGAGAGAAUGCUGAAAAAGUGUGGUAAAUGUCCGCCAGACUUACGUUCCUUGACUUGAACAGUAAAUAACAGUAGGAACAGCAGACUGUCCUUGAGGAUUAUGUAUUUAUUUUAUUUACUGUUUCGAUUUAUGGAGGCUUUUUACGUCCAAGGUAAAUCCUCGAACUGGCGACCGCACGAACCACGAACUGCACAGCCUUGAGACAGUUGUUAAAAAUAGCAAAAUCGUGUUUAUGUGUUUAUUAAAAAUCUGUUUUGUAAGUCAGUCACUAACCUAAGGUCAGCGUACUAUAUUUCAUGUGAAGAUGUACCUGACUACCAUACCUCUUAUACAUGUUCAUUCCUGAUGAUAGUGAAAGGUGAUUAUCACAUGUAAGCCAUUAUUUUUGUAUUUACAGUGUUAUCUCGCGCUCUGCUGCCUGUCUUUAGGUGUAAACGCACGGAAGGUAAAAGCGUGUAAUCAGGAGACCUCUGACCUUUUGUAACGCUAUCCGUCUCGCGACCCCCGAGGUCAUGAUCCCUCGCGAUACUCUCGGCACCUGUCGUCACAGAUAGUCUGCUCGGAGGAUCUACGAGGAUCUCUUGAUUCUGGAACUGGGCAACACCUUCCCUCCCAAUGUUGUACAGCUUUUACCCUUUUGUAACAAUCGUCGUCUACCGCACGUUCCGAAUGGUGCCAGACCCUGGUCCUGCCAGCCAAUGGGCUGCUUGGGCUUGGGACCGACGUAGGGUCUUCUUUGUGUGGCGGCUGUACACGCGUAUGGGGACAGUGCGGUUGGUACUACGCAGCACCACUGAGGAAUGCCACAGCGUGCGAAGGAAACUAAAGAACUGAGUACAAAUAAACUUACUCUCUUGCUCUAACGUGAGCUUAGCUUGAAGGUGUCAGUGAGCAACUCGAUCCCUAGUCGCUCCUUCAGAGCUACACCACAGUGUGCAGGGGUUGUGAUUAGUCAUGCUAAAUCACCUUUUCCAUUUAGGUUGUUAAAUAUAUCUUAGCUGGGCGUGAGGCAGUUCUUUAUUUUUUUCUUUUGUUGAUAUGUAUAUGCAUAUAAUAUAUUUAUAAUUUUAAUGCGUGAACGAAUUUUCUGUUUGCACUGUUCCUUGCGUCUAUGUUGUGGUCUAUACUCAUCACUGGUUUCAUAAGAAAGUUGUGCCCUGGCUCUGGCUGAGCGAGUAAAAGUGUGAUCGGGGUGGCUGAGUGGGUGCGAUCGUUCACCCGGGGACGCUGGGGGUGACCGCGAUAGUUAUGUGUGAAGGCAAGUUGAGUAGAAGGCAAUGUUUGUAAACGUGUAUUGCAAGUGCUGGCGAGUU